AUUAGAUAUAUGGUUUCUUACAUUCUGACAAUAUUUACUGACAAUUUAAUGUAUAAGCAAAUCAUGCAGGAUGAAAAUAUGAUUAUGUGACAUCAACACAUGAAACAAGAAUUGUUUGAUUUAACUUCAUGUAGAGUAAACAAGAUUGGAUAAAUUGAUAUUGAAUUUACCAAAGCCAUUAUAAAAAUUUGACAUGGGUUUUGAACAUAUAAUUAAUUCCAGUAUUUUUUAAUACGUACAUUUGUGUAUUUUUGUCUCUCCCGGACGCUACGUGCCUGCACAUUGUCUAUACAUAUGAUCAUUCGGAACGUAAAUAAGGGAUACAAAAAUGGAGGAAACCAAAGCUACGACUAGAAAAACAAAAUUACCUCCGCUUUCGUCCGAUAAUACCGAACCCGCCGACAAACCUAAGAAAAAAGUUGUAAGGAAGAAGAAAAAGGCACCAGAGGAACCUCCAGCAGAUGGUGAAAACCAGCCGAAACCAACUCCGCGACGAAAGAAAAAGGCCGCUGCAAGUGCAGACUCGACAACUGCCACUGAAAAUGGUGUGGGUGGGGAAGUGAAAACGCCUAAAAAGAAGAAAAAGGUUGUGAAAAAGACUGACACUACAGAGGUCGACCCGACCACAGCAAGAAGUGCUACAAGUCAAGGAGAAGAUGUUGACGGGAGCAAAGCAAGUUUGAUCAAGACGCCAAAAGAUGGUACGCCAAGAAAAAAGAAAGUCAAGAAGAAGGUGAAGAAGCCGACAGACACCGUUGAACCGGAGGGUGCCUUUGACAACACACUGGUGGCUGAGCUGACAGAUCUGCAAGAUGACAUUGUGACACACGAUAGCAAGAAGGAUGACGAUGAUGAUGAAGAGGAAUAUAAGAAACCUUACUCGACCGCGUCUCAUGCAAUGAAGUCUCAACCCACAGAGAAAUUCUACAUUGAAACUGAUGGAGGAUUCAAGGGAGAGAACAAGAGUAGGUUCAUCAAACGUCAAGCCGAAGUGGAAAAAGAAAAAGCAGUGGUGCGAGAAGAACCGAAAAACACGACAAUCGAAUUUGCUAUCAAUACGCAGGCAGUUAUUCGGACAUUCAGCCUCUUCUGCCAUGGUCUCUUGGCAGGUUUGGCGGUCUGGCACAUCGUUAUGGCAUAUAUUUUGUUAGAUUUCCCGUUGGAAGAUUUUAUUCUACAUUAUGGAAGGUUGGCUCUGCCAGUGCAGUGUAUAUUCUUUAUACUGCUGGUGAUUUGCACCGUUUCAGCUCUUGACAGGUUUGACAUUGCCAAUCCCAGACAGGGUUUCAUACUGAAGGCGUUGACCCUACAGAACGGCACUGUGUCUGUAGUGUUCUACUUUGCCGCGCUGAUUGUAAGUCUCGCUAAUCACGCCCUUGAAGACCAGAUGCACCUGUAUGACCAGCAGACACGCAACUUCACCAACUCUGCAGAAAAGGUGACCGUCAAAGAUUCAGACCUGACAUUGUGGCGUAACUUGAACACGUCUCGAAACAUUCUCACCAUAAUUGGCUGGUUCAUCAUCUCCAUCACACCUCUCACGGACAGACUCACGGACAAUCUCAAGCAGACAGAGGAAGAAGAUCUGUUGGGAGUAGAAGUGGACAAGCCAAAGUCAGCCAUUGCUUAAGUAGAAGUGGACAAGCCAAAGUCAGCCAUUGCUUGAGAAGAAGUGGACAAGUCAAAGUCAGCCAUUGCUUGAGUAGAAGUGGACAAGCCAAAGUCAGUCAUUGCUUGAAUGGGUGUCAAACUUUUUGUAGAAGUAUUUGCUAGGCAUGUAAGUCUUCUGAACAAGAAUCUGAGUCAUAUUUCUCUGUAUGCCCCAAUUAUUGUUUUAAAUAUUCCACUUGUCUGUCCAUCCGUACGCACAUCAUGAAGCUUGUGAUUUCAAUUUUUUUUUAGCUCACCUGAGCACAACGUGCUCAUGGUGAGCUUUUGUGAUCGCCUUUUGUCCGUCGUGCGCCGUCAACAUUUGCCUUGUGAACACUCUAGAGGCCACAUUUAUUGUCUGAUCUUCAUGAAAUUUGGUCAGAACAUUUGUCCCAUUCAUACCUUGAUUGAGUUCGAAACUGGGUCUUGCUGGGUCAAAAACUAGGUCACUAGGUCAAAAAAAAGAAAAACCUUGUGAACACUGUAGAAGUCACAUUUGAUGCCCAAUCUUUAUGUUACUUUGUCAAAAUGAUUGUCUAAAUGAUAUGAUGGUUGAGUUCAAAAAUGGUUCCGGUCCAUUGAAAAACAUGGCCGCCAGGGGGCGGGGCAGUAUUCCUUAUAUGGCUUUAGAGAAACCUUGUGAACACUCUAGAAGUCACAAUUUUUGCCCAAUCAUCAUGAAACUUGGUCAGAACAUUGGUUUCAUUGAUAUCUCGGACGAGUUCGAAAAUGGUCCAGAUCGGUAAAAUAACAUGGCCGCAAGGGGGCGCGGCAGUUUUCCUUAUAUGGCUAUAGUAAAACCUUGUUAACACUCUAGAGGCCACAUUUAUUGUCAAAACUUCAUGAAAUGUGGUCAGAAGAUUUGUCUGAAUGAUUUCUUGGAUGAGUUCGAAAAUGGUUAUGUUUUUUUUUUAAAACGUGGCUGCCAAGGGGCAGGGCAUUUUUCCUUAUAUGGCUAUAUAUGGCUAUAGUAAAACCUUGUGAACACUCUAGAGGCCACAUUUAUUGUCCAAUCUUCAUGAAAUUUGGUCAGAAGAUUGGUCUCAAUGAUAUCUUGGAUGACUAGGAAAAUGGUUACGUUUGUUUGAAAAACAUGGCUGCCAAGGGGCGGGGCAUUUUUCCUUAUAUGGCUAUAUUAAAAUCUUGUUAACAAUCUAGAGGCCACAUUAAUUGUCCGAUCUUCAUGAAACUUGGUCAGAAGAUUCAUCCCAAUAAUAUUGUGGACGAGUUAAAAAAAUGAUGCUGGUUGGUUGAAAAACAUGGCCGCCAGGGGGCGGGGCAUUUUCCUUAUAUGGCUUUUGUAAAACCUUGUCAACACUCUAGAGGUCACAUUUAUUUUCCGAUUAUCAUGAAACUUGCUCAGAAGAUUUGUCCCAAUGAUAUCUUGGAUGAGUUCAAAAAUGGUAACCUUUGCUUGAAAAACAUGGCUGCCAAGGGGCGGGGCAUUUUUCCGUAUAUGGCUAUAUAUGACUAUAGUAAAAUCUUGUUAACACUAGAGGCCACAUUUAUUGUUCGAUCUUUAUGAAACUUAGUCAGAAGAUUCAUCCCAUUAAUUGGUUGAAAAACAUGGCCGCCAGGGGGCGGGGCAUUUUUUCUUAUAUGACUAUAGUAAAACCUUGUCAACACUCUAGUUAUGUUAUAAAGAUCUGCUUUAAUGUAUUUUUACAAUGAAGACAAUGUUAAGUUAAUAUCCCUUCUAUUUUGCAUAUUAAACUUGCAAUAAUGUAUAGAUUUUUAAAAUAAAAUAUCACCAUUUAUUCAUAACGUCUUAAUUUUUUAAAAUUUAAUUCAGUUGUCGAAUCUUAAUGAAAUUUGGUCAGAACAUUUGUUUCCUGUGUAGUAAAGUUUGGUUUUAUUAUGUCAUUAUUAUGUACCCUUAACUGUUUUAUUUAAUUUUUCAUAACACAGAAUUUUCAUAAUUAACAACUGUUUUAGUCAUUAUUACUUAUGGUAAGCCUAUCAACUAAGAGAUAGCUGAAAGAAAGACAACAUGUACACAAUUUUCCGUAUCUAUCUCCCUUGUUUAACCUGCUGAGUCAUAUUCCCCAAUCUAUUUUAGUUCUGCUCUAGAAUUUGUUAGACCCCAGAUAUUGAUCAUUGCAGUGUGUAACUAUUUACCACUCAGUUUACUGACCCUCUCACUGUGCUGUAUGCCAGAUGUUAAUAUUAGUGGUCAGUAAUAAAAGCUGGUUGAACUAUUUGAUAUAUUUUAUUUCACAGUGGGAGUAUUUAAUGCAUGUUUUAACAAUUAACAAAAAAUGUGUAAUUUAAAUGGGAACUUCAUAUCAAAACAAGAUUCCAUAAUGAUUCACUCUAUAUAAUCAUAUUUAAGAUAUGUUAACAAAUAUCAAAUGGAUACUCUAUGAAAACAAUAAAGAAAUAAUUUCAAUUAUAAGUUUCUGGAGAUAAAAAACAGAAUCAUAAUAACCUUCAAAAUCAAGAUUUACCUUUCUUAUUUGCCGAGUUCAUUUAUCAAGAUUAAUCAUUUUCAGGCUUUAUGUAUUUAAACAAUGUCAGAAAAUUGAAAAUAAAACCGUAAUGAAUGAUACACAAUAAUAAUGAAAUGAAAUAUAAAAUUGAUACAUUUUCAUAUUUCUAAAUUGUUAAGUGUAAAACAGCCUACUGUUGAAUAAUAUGUUUAUAAAAUGAUUCAAGUAAACGGCAAUACCUUUACUUAAUUGAAUAACAACCAGUCAGCAGUGUCAUCCUGACCUGAAAUAUUUCCGCAUUACAUAAGUGCUCACAAAGUUACAUAACUCGUAACCAUCCCGUGACCAGUUCACCGUGUAAAAAACGAGACCGCACUACCACACCUGGAUAUGACAGUUGAGUUCGAAAAUGGUUUGGAUCUAUAAAAAAAAUAUGGCCGGUAGGGGGGGGGGGGUCUUUUUUCUUAUAUUUAUAUAAAUAAAAAGCUUGUGAACACUCUAGAAGUCAAAACAUUAGUUAUGUGGAUGUCUCGGACAAAUUUGAAAAUGGUCGUGAUAACAUGGGCACCAGGCAGUGGGGCAGUUUUCUUUAUAUGUAUAUAGUGAAAACAUGUGAACAGUCUAGAAGACAUUAUCUUCAUGAAAUUUGGACAUAUCUUGGAAGAGUUCAAAAAUGGUUCAGCUCUGAUAAAAAAAAACAUGGCCGCCAGGGGGCCAUUUGUUGUUCAUUCUUCAUGAAACUUGGUUAGAACAUAUGUUUCAUUGAUAUCUUGGGCUGCAAAGAACAGGUCAUUUCUUUUUAUCUCAGGUGAGCGACUUUGGGCCUUUCAGGCCCUCUUGUUAAUUUUUUUGUGGAUCCCUCUCAAAAUUUUGAAGUAUAAUGAAAAAGGUGUAUUUCAAGACAUGUUUUUGUCAUUCAUUAUUGCAAGUAUUAAAAAACGUUUAAGAUAUUUGAACAAAAUGAUUUUUUAAUGCACAUUUAUCACAUGUAUUUUAUGGUCAGCAAUAUUUUAGUAUAUAAAAGUUACAAUAAAGUUUCUUCUUGAGAUGAAUAAAUAAUAUUAUGUAAUCAAUUAAUGAAAACAAAUUACAAGAUUUCUUCUAAAAUCCAUCUUUAAGUCUGUCUAUUUGCUGAAUAGAAAAUCUAGCAACUGCUUUAGUACUUUGGAAAAAAAAGAAAUCAAAAACCAAAUCAAAAAUAAUUUGUAUCUGUUAAUCUUGAUAAAAAAAACAGUAGACACUAUUUGACAACCACAAAUAUGAUAGGUGGUUUGAACUUGUUUAUGUAAAAUUCUGUGAUAUUGUCAUCAUUAUGAAGGACUACAAUUGAAUGUUAUUAUUUGUAAAAUAGUAUGUAUUUAUCAUGACUUUGAAUUUAUAGUUUAUGUAUUUAGACACUGAACCAUUUAGUUUAUUUUACACAUUUGUGCAUUAUUUGUUUUGUUUUAAAUAGAAAUAUUGGACAUUUUGAAGGUUUAAAAAAGUAUGAAUGCAUCAGAGUGCUUUUAAGUGCUUUUGAAUACAUUUAAUAAAAAAUCUGAUUUUUAGGAUUUGAAAAAAAUGUCUGUCCACAUAAUGUAUUUAUUUACUGCAUCAUGUAGAUGUUUGAAUUGAAAAUAAUUGUAGCGAUCAUAUUUAAUUUAAAAUAAAUUAAUGUCAUUUGAA